AUGAAAUUCAAUCGAAAAAUUUCAGUCGGCGGUGGUACAACGGGUGUUUUAUUAGCAUGUCGACUGUCUGAAGAUGCAAAUAAUUUUGUAUUGUUAUUGGAAGAGGGCGAUCAAUUACCGUUCUAUCAUUACAAUUAUUACUUUUCGAAAUACUUCAAGAAAUUGUGGAAUUUGAAUCAUUUUGCAUUCACCUACAAUGUUUCGUUGACGUCAACAACAACUGAUCAUCAUAACCAAGAUGAAAGUUUCACUGCUGAAGCGAACGACUCUGAACAGUGGCAGUCUCGGCGAGCGCUGGGAGGUAAUGGAAACAAUGGUUUGAGUGAACAACCGUUGCUCUACAACAAACCGAAUGCUUACGAAUGGGAUCGAUGGGUUGAAGAUCGCUCAUUAACGGGCGUUUGGUCUUGGAGCAAUGUCGAAUCCUAUUUCGAAAGAUAUUCGAAACAAACCGUUUCUGGGCAGGGGAAUGCGGUACGUUCAGUUGUAAGGCCUCGACAUUCGACACUGAGCGAUAUCGAUGUAUUGUUCAAAAAGAAUAACAAUGAUGCAGUUUGGGCAUCGGUUCUGGAUUAUUUAACAACUGAGGUUCAAUCACGAUUCAAUUUACACAUUCUCACCGGUGCUAAAGCUACCAAGAUAUUGUUCGGUAUGGAUGGUGCGGCGACAGGUGUGAAUUAUAUUUAUGAAGGGCGUUCGCAACGAGUAUUGAUAAAUCGUGAGGUGAUCUUAUCGUGUGGCCCAGUUGAAACACCACAUUUGUUAUUGUUGUCUGGAAUUGGAGCCGAAGAGCAGCUGAGAUUAUUUAAUAUCACGCCGGUGAGGUCUCUUCCAGCUGUUGGUGAACAGUUGGCGAUUCCAUUGUCAACGACGAUUCAGUACGAAACAAAUCUGAUUUGUGAUCCCACUUCAUCCAAUCAUUAUACAUCGAUUGAAAUGCUCAUUCAGAAAUUCUGUAGCAAUUUUCAAAUUUCGCAACCGAUCACUGAUUUUUCAAAUUACAAUAGAUUAUUCGUUAAUAUGUUUACUUGUUUUCAGUCGAAGUGGUUUCUGUCAGUUGAAGUGUCCUUAAUGAAUGCGUACAGAAUUGGCUCAGUGCGUUUGAAUUCUAUAGAUGCGUUAGCUGCACCCACCAUUGAAGUUCAGCCCAAAGGCGUAUUUUCUGGUCUACUCACGAAAGCUGUCAAACGGGCCCAUCAUCUUUUGACGUCAACGCAAACGUUUUCGCCGAUCGGGCUGACGCCAUCGAAGGCACAAAAGUGGAAAUGUGACGGCAGAUCUUCCGAAGAUUUGUUCUCAUGUUUAGCGACGAAUUUUGAAGAGUUUAGCGAUGAAGCGUUCAAAUCCUACCCUACAUCGUCUUGUGCAAUGGGAAAUCUGUUGGCGAAUUCGGUUGUUGAUAAAGAUUUAAGGUUCGUUCGUUUCAAACGAUUUGUCAAUUGCAGAGUUCAUGAAGUGAAACGUUUACGAGUAGUUGAUGCAUCCGUUCUACCACCAACGUCAAGUGUUCGAAGUGUUUAUGCAUCACUUCUGAUGCUCGCUGAUAAAGCAGUCGACAUUCUCCAAAAUGAAACCUACUAG